AUGGCGCAGCUAACAGAGAAACCACUCGACCUUCGCAAUAAAUUCAAGGUUGCUUUUGGUAGCAGCGGUCCAGAAAACGUACAGAAGCUUAUCGAGCACCAGACGAGCGCACUGACUCUGUUGUUGACCGCGUGCAACUGCAAAACACUCUCUGCACAGCAAAGAUAUCUCGAAACAAGUAAAAACCGUAAAGUGCUCCAUCGGGCGAAAGCAGAUUCGGUGUCACUGUAUGUCCAUCGUGACUCUGCCUCCCUUACCAGCAAGAUGACAGAUAAUCUCUCAAAGAUUUCUCGUGUCUUUGAAUUCGAUUCAAACAUCUUUUCUACCGGAGUCUACGAGCGUGCAUUUCGAGGCUCGGUCAGAGACCUUCUAAGAAGACGACAGCAGAACAUGACGGCCCAGUCAUCGACCGCACAGAAGACAGAGUCUGUGUCAACGUCGAACAGCUUGAGAAAGAUCCGUAUCUUAGGGCAGGAUCACACUGGCAAGGAUUUACUAGUCAAUUGCAUUGAAGCGGCUCAUCUGAUCGACCAAGAGCAAUGUCGAUUGUACAACUCGAAGCUCCAGGAGCUAUGCAUCGAUCUUGUAUCCACGAUUGUCAAGGAUCGCUCAGAUGUCUGCGAUGAUGAGGAUGUGCGGAUUCUCACAUCAUAUGCAGUCUUAGAACCACACUCCAGUCAGACUUCAGUGCGUAAAGAUGCUCUGAAUUCUUGUGUGAGGAUCAUGAGGAAAGCAGUAGAACUGAACGAAGAGUUUUCUUCAGUUGCUUUCAACUUUCCAACUGAUCGUAUUAAGUUCGAGGAUAUGGUCUUUUGGGUCAGAUGCAUACCUGGUCGCGGGUUAAGUAUCAACAGUGGCAAUCUUGCAGCAGAAUUUUUCAUACAUCAAAUGUUAGACAGUCCAUUUCCAGAUCCUCCCGAUAAUACCGAUUAUUUCACAAGCUCCGCAGCGUAUGGAGCGGAAAUUCUUAGAGCGGAAAGAAUGACGGAAUCUCCCCUCGCAACAGUACCACACGAAGGCGUAUCUUUUCAAGUUGCUUUUGGGGCUAGAGAUCUGGUAACCGUUAUCGAUGCGCGAAGUCACUAUCAUGAGGACGAAACUGCGCUUGUGUUUGUUUUCGACCUCCAAGACUACAGCGUUGGUUGCCCACGAUUCGAAGAGCUCAAGGGAAGGAUUGAGAGAAACUCACUCCUCUUAGCAGAGUCGAUCGUCUUUCCUCAAUUCCGGGUCGUUGCAAUUGUUCUCAGAAAUUUUGGCGCAUUUAAGAAACAAGUAAAGAUGUUUGGAUUUCCAUUGGAAGGCAGCCAGCCUAUCUUUAAUGCUGACGUCGCGGUCGAGCAUAUAAAAAUGAGUCUCAACAGUCAACUCAAAGCACGAGGAUGGCGCUACACCUUUACCCUAAACGACAACAAAGAUAUGGACCCCAUCGAGACUCUUGACCGUCUUCGAGAGCUUAUCGUUGGUAUGAAGAGAUCCUCCGUAACAGCUGGGAACACAUCGAGACCAGGAAGUCAAAUUCGACUUUCCAGCAAAACUGUUGAGAGCACCGGCGUUGCUUUUUGA